CCUACAAUAGUUCUUACUCACUUCAACGCAUUCGUUGAAAUGCGAUGCGAAUAAAUCUAGUGAGUUUUGCAAGGAAUUUUGACAGAGCGAAAAAAAGGAUGAAAAGAGAAAGAAGUUGAGGUGGUAACCAUGACAAUGCUUGAUAAUUUACUUAUUUCUCGCAUGCGCACUCCAUUUUGGCCAACACUAACAUCAAAGACAGAGAGCUGAUAGAGAGUUGCGCUACUGUGUAUACUGUGUAUACUAUGGAAUUACCGAGAGAGGGAUUUGUGUGGGAGUUUAUUCCUUACAGAAUUACAUGGACGCGCGAAUGUGUAGCCAGUGACAUACCGGAUUGUGUCGCUGCACUUUUCUUUAAUAAUGUGAUAGGAAACCUCGAUCAAAUAAUUCAUUGGAUAUCGUUUUGAGCAGAUCCAAAAAUGAGCACGAUCUUGGAAAAAAUCGCCUCAAUUGAGGCUGAGAUGGCUCGUACUCAGAAGAAUAAAGCAACUUCUGGACACUUAGGUUUGCUGAAAGCAAAACUAGCCAAGCUCAGACGUGAGUUAAUCACUCCAAAGGGUGGUGGUGGAGGUGGCGAGCAAGGUUUUGAAGUUGCCAAAACUGGUGAUGCUCGUAUUGGCUUCGUUGGUUUUCCUUCUGUGGGAAAAUCUACAUUGUUGAGUACACUCGCUGGCGUAUAUUCCGAAGUAGCUGAAUACGAGUUCACAACACUCACAACUGUUCCUGGUUGCAUAAAAUAUAAAGGUGCAAAAAUACAGUUGUUAGAUCUUCCAGGUAUUAUAGAAGGCGCAAAAGAUGGCAAGGGACGUGGACGACAAGUCAUUGCUGUGGCACGAACAUGCAGCUUAAUCUUCAUCGUUUUAGAUGUGCUCAAACCACUCGGACAUAAGCGACUGAUUGAACACGAAUUGGAAGGUUUUGGUCUGCGAUUGAAUAAACAGCCACCAAAUAUAACUUUCAAAAAGAAGGACAAAGGUGGUAUUAAUUUACAAACAAUGUGUCCACAAUCUGAACUAGAUUUUGACGCAGUGAAAAUGAUCUUGUCAGAAUACAAAAUUAGUAAUGCGGACAUUACACUAAGGUACGAUGCUACCUCAGACGAUUUGAUUGACGUUAUAGAAGGGAAUCGCGUUUAUAUCCCUUGUAUUUAUCUCUUAAAUAAAAUAGAUCAAAUAAGCAUAGAAGAACUAGAUAUUAUUUAUAAAAUUCCACAUUGCGUGCCAAUCUCAGCCCAUCAUAAAUGGAAUUUUGAUGAUCUAUUAGAGAAAAUGUGGGAUUAUCUACAACUUGUUAGGAUUUAUACGAAGCCGAAGGGACAACUCCCAGAUUACAACGCACCCGUAGUACUAAACACCGAAAAGCGAACUGUUGAAGAUUUUUGUAACAAGCUUCAUAGAUCAAUCGCAAAAGAAUUUAAAUACGCAUUGGUAUGGGGCUCAUCCGUAAAACAUCAACCCCAGAAGGUAGGGAAGGACCAUCUUCUUUGUGACGAGGAUGUUGUGCAAAUUGUGAAGAAAGUGUGAUAUUGUUUUCCUUGCACAGUCGUUUAUUGGCAGCACAAAUAAACUUAACUAAUGAGAUAUAUUUAAAAAGA